CAAAGGGUUACCUUUUCCUCUAAACAAUCUAUCUUCUCCUUCUUCUUACGUUGUUGUUGAGGAAGUUGACGAAGCGAUCAGAUUAUCUCUCUUACUUACUCCGAUUCGCCGGAGAAGAGCCAUGAAAACCUCGCUCCGACGCUUGCGAGGCGUGCUUCACAAACACGAAUCUAAGGAUCGGAGAGAUCUUCGAUUCCUGGUUCAGAAGGACGAGCUCGCCCAGGCUUCGCAGGACGUGCAAGAGAUGAGAGAUUGCUAUGAUAGCUUGCUCUCUGCUGCGGCCGCUACUGCUAAUAGCGCUUAUGAUUUCGUUUGCUUGCAGAAUUUUCAGAAUCUUUGCGAGAACUUGGUGCUUGUCUUCUUGAGAAAACUGCACUUAAUGACGAUGAAGAGAGUGGUAGAGUGUUGCUUAUGCUGGGAAAAUUGCAGUUUGAACUGCAAAAACUUGUUGAUAAAUAUCGGUCUCAUAUAUUCCAAACGAUCACAAUCCCCUCAGAGUCACUUCUUAAUGAACUCCGCAUAGUUGAGGAAAUGAUGCGGCUUUGUGAUGAGAAAAGGAAUGUUUAUGAAGGCAUGCUUACAAGGCAGAGGGAGAAAGGGAGGUCGAAAGGUGGGAAAGGAGAAAAUUUUUCGGCGCAGCAACUACAACAAGCUCAUGAGGAAUAUGAUAACGAGACAACUUUAUUUGUUUUCCGCUUAAAAUCUCUGAAACAAGGGCAAACACGUAGUCUUUUGACUCAGGCAGCACGGCACCAUGCAGCGCAGUUAUGCUUCUUCAAGAAGGCUCUUAAUUCCCUUGAAGAAGUAGAGCCGCAUGUACAGAUGGUAACCGAGUCGCAGCAUAUUGAUUACCAUUUCAGUGGAUUGGAAGAUGAUGACGAAAUAGAAAACAAUGAAGAAGAUGAUUCUGAGGUGAAUGAUGAUGGAGAACUGAGUUUUGAGUAUAGAAUGAGUGACAAGGACCAAAAUGCAGAUUCUUCACCUAGUGUCUCCUCACAGUUGGGUCAGUCAGACAUCACAUUUCCACUAGUUGCAGGACUAAACACUGCACAGCUGGAAAAUAAGGAAGCAAGCUACGGGAGAUCUCGUUCUUACAGGAGAGAUGUUAGGAUUGAGAGCCAAUCAGCACCCCUUUUUGCUGAGAACCGGACAAUGCCUCCUUCAGAGAAGCUCUUACGGAUGCGUUCAUCUCUGACACGGAAGUUCAGCACGUAUGCAUUGCCAACACCUGUGGAAACAGCUAGAAGUCCCUCAUCUAUUACAAUUCUAGCUAACAACAACAUGGCUUCUUCUAAUCCCGCAAAGGCAAUAACAAAAAACAAUUGGUAUUCAUCCCCACUGGAAGCUCGCGGACCCUCAAAGGUUUCUUCUAGACCGAUGUCAGCCUUGAAAGAACAAGUUCUGAGAGAGAGUAACAAGAACACAUCUUCUCAGCUGCCUCGGCCUUCGUCAGAUGGACUCUUGUACUCUCGUAUGGGGUCACUCAAGAGACGAUCCUUUUCCGGUCCAAUUACAAAUAAACCAUUACCUAACAAGCCUCUCUCUUCAGCGCCUCGUUUAUACUCAGGUCCAAUCCCAAGGAGUUCAGUUUCCAAGUUACCAAAAGUGUCGACAUCAUCUCCAACUGCUUCUCCUACAUUUGUCUCAACCCCGAAAAUAAGCGAGCUCCAUGAGCUUCCUAGACCACCACCACCAUCAAGCAUCUCUGCUAAGUCCUCGAGGGUAUUUGGAUAUUCAGCACCUUUGGUUUCGAAGAGCCAAUUGCUUAGUAAACCUCUUGUUUCAAGUUCAGCAGCUCCUCUCCCAAUACCACCUGCAAUCACUCGUAGCUUCUCUAUACCUACUAGCAACCUUAGAGCAACAGAGUUAGACAUGUCUAAGACGAGUGUGGGCGCUAAUAAGUUAAGCACUGCCUCGCCUCCUUUAACCCCCAUGUCAUUGAGCCAUCCACCUCCAUCUGCUAUUACCGAGCACGCAGAGCACCUAACGAUAUCCAAACAAGAGAGGACUUGAAGGUGUAAGCUUAUAGGAGGAGGAAGACAUUCCCUCUAGUUGCAGAUAUGUAAAAUAUCCCUCCUGUUUUGUUCUGACAAUGCUGAAAGAAAAAAAAACGAGAGAGAGUCAAACAGUGAUUGCCAAGUAAUUUUGAUUUUCUAUAAUUAUUCAUAGGUUUAUAACAUUACGAUUAUUUAUUAAAGUCAAUUUAUAAGAUUACUGAAUU